AUGUUUGACGGAAAGCAUGCCGCGGACGGUAAGGUCGAUGGACCUCUCGAAAAUGAUUUGGAGAAAAAAAUGAAGGCGAAGCAAUUGGAGCCUUUUGGAAAUGAAGAUACUGCGGAGGUCAAGUAUCGGACUAUGAAAUGGUGCUUCAAGACCCCGUGGCUAACAUUGUUGAGCAGCGCUGCUAUUAUGAUUCUGUUUGUCUCUGCUCUUUCUUGGUACACCGGCUAUGUCAUUGGCCAAUUCAAACUUCGUCACCCUGAGGUUCACAGUAUGGGAGAUGCCGGCGAGAUCUUGAUGGGCCCUUUUGGCCGUGAGUUGCUAGGACUUGGUCAGCUUCUGCUGUUGAUUUUCCUCAUGGCGAGCAACAUUUUGAUGUUCAACAUUUUAAUGAAUGUAUUGACCGAUCACGGUACCUGCACGUUGGUGUUUGGUGUCGUUGGACUGAUCAUCUGCUUUUUGGGCGCCUUGCCUCGUACUAUGGACAAGGUCUACUGGAUGUCCGUCAUUUCAUUCUUGAGUGUCUUUGUUGCGACGGUGUUGACCAUGGUCACCGUGGGAGUGGAGAGCAAAGGACAUAUCAAGAACGAGGCCACCACAAAUGUCAGCUUCCGAGAAGGCUUUUUGGCAGUGACAAACAUUAUUUUUGCUUACCUCGCCCACGUUGCGUACUUUGGCUUCAUGUCUGAGACAGAAGACCCACGCACAUUCAACAAGUCACUCGCCAUGCUUCAAAUCGUCGACACUGUCCUGUACCUUGUGAGUGCACUGCUCAUCUAUCAUUACGUGGGACCGGAAACAGCCACCAGCCCCGGCGUUCAAUCGCCUGCCAUUCUCUCCCUUAGUCCGUUGAUGGGCAAGAUUGCCUGGGGUCUUUCAAUUCCGACUACUAUUCUCUCUGGAGUUGUCUUGGGCCACGUCGCGUGCAAAUACAUAUACGUGCGCAUGUUCCGUGGAUCCGAUAAGAUGCACAGCCGAAGCUUCCUAUCGAUUGGAUCUUGGGUCGGCAUCUGCCUCGCAGUUUGGGUUGUUGCCUGGGUCGUAGCGGAAUCCAUUCCUGUAUUCAAUGAUCUUCUGAGUCUGAUCAAAACUAUAGAGUGCGUUGGACUCCCUGCGAUCUUUUGGUUCUAUAUGAACAAGGGUCGUUACUUCCAGAACUGGAAGAAGACUGUUUUGACGAUAACCAAUUUUUUGGUCUUGGCUAUUGCAUUUGCUAUUGUAAGCAUCACACUGCUCGAUUUCGUUUAUGGGGGCUAA